CAGCCGAAUAGAAACAGGAAGUAGCAGACGCUCAGGGAUGCGUUAUUUUCCCUCUUUCCAAAGUAUUUCCUCCGAAACGACUUUACACAGCAUUCUUCCAGUUGGGUUUGCGUGGAAUAAGAAGCAAUGACAGACAAGGCAGAAUUGCGGUCACCAAAUUUCUUACUCAAGUCCUUCUUCGCCGGUGGUGUGGCUGGCAUGUGUGCAAAAACAACCGUCGCCCCACUGGACAGAAUCAAAAUUCUCCUCCAGGGUCAUAACUACCACUACAAACAUUAUGGUGUGUUUUCAGGACUGAAGGGAAUAGUUCAAAAAGAAAACUUCCUCGGCUUAUACAAGGGUAAUGGUGCGCAGAUGGUACGGAUAUUUCCCUAUGCGGCCGUCCAGUUUGUGUCCUUUGAGACCUUCAAGCGGAUAAUCCGUAGCACAUUUGGAACCAACUCGCACGGCGGUAAAUUUGUGGCAGGGUCUUGCGCAGGAGUGACUGCAGCUGUAACCACCUACCCACUCGACAUGGUCAGAGCCAGACUGGCCUUCCAGGUCAACGGGGAGCAUGUCUACUCCGGCAUCAUUCACACCGUUACAUCUAUCGUGCGAACGGAAGGAGGAGUAAGAGCUCUCUACAAGGGGCUUUCUCCGACGGUGCUUGGAAUGGUCCCAUACGCUGGGCUGUCGUUCUACGUGUUUGAACGUCUGAAGGCAGUUUGCCUCGAGUACUUCCCGAACGUGUGUGGCCGACCCUAUCCUGGCAACACUGGCAACAUCGUGCUGAUCGUACCAGCCAAGCUUCUGUGCGGAGGCCUCGCAGGAGCUAUCGCACAAACCGUUUCGUACCCCUUGGACGUAGCGAGGCGACAGAUGCAGCUCAGCAUGAUGUACCCGGAGCGCAAUAAGUUCAGCAAGGGCUUGUUCAGCACUCUGGUGCUGACAUUCCAAGAGCACGGAAUCUCACGGGGCCUCUACCGCGGCAUGACCGUCAACUACCUCAGGGCCAUCCCAAUGGUGGCAGUCUCCUUCUCAACGUACGAGGUCACAAAACAGCUCCUCGGCCUCGACACGGGUCUAGACUCCUGAGGCCUAGUUAGUGCAAAUCUCUAGCGACUCACCCGGGCGUGUUGCUACAUGCGCGUGUCGACACAUGCGUACCGGCCCGUGUACAUGGCCCGUGCCUAGUUACAGCAUGCGGCGAUAUUUUUUGGGAUAUGUCCAGCCACAGCAAGAAUCGCUCAAUUCAUUACGCCCGCAGCUCCAGCAGUUGCACACAUUCUAUUUCGUUGUUGCUAUUUUUUAUAAUGGAUCCGCGUUUGCCACGUGGACGUGGGGUUCCUUUUUAUAAUGUUCGGGUUUUAUUAAAUGGAAAUAUUAGUGUUGUUUGCGGUAUGGCGCAAAUGUUAACCCAAACGCGAGAAAAAGAAGGCACGCAUGUAGUAGGGACGACACACAAAUUGCGACAUGCACGGUUUGGAUGUGGUUUACUGUGCCCGUAUUGUAACGUGUAUCUCGAAUAAUACAGUAAUUGAGUAUUUCAGAGUGAGAGGUAGCAACACUUCGGUGUAAGAUACAUUAUUUAUUCCGUCCAAGCUACUUGGCGUUGUAGACUUUUGUUGACGACACAAGUGUUUGUGGAACUACUACUUUUGAGGUGAACGGUGCACUGACUUGGCAACAUGUGAAGCCUUGUAGCUGUCAUACAAUACUGGAGAUAAAAUGUGACAAGUGUUGUAAACUGCUGUAAUAUCAGCACACAAUAAACGAUACCUUUGUGAUGUAAACA